AUGAGCAACAUCGGUGCAGUUUGCAGACAGCAAGGGAAUUACCAGGCUGCUGCAGACUGGUAUCGCGCUGCCUUGCGAAUAAACCCGAAUUGUGAGACAACUCCUAUGAAUUUGGCAGUUUGUUUGAUCAACCGCGGGCUGCAGAUCAAAGCGUCGGACCCCAAGGGUGCCAUCAGAUGCUACACAGAAGCGCUGGUUCAUUGCCCAACCAAUGCGAAUGCAUAUUACAAUUUGGGCGUGUCCUAUGCAGAGAUGCACAAGUAUGACAAGGCUCUCGUCAACUACCAACUCACGGUUCACUUCGACCCGCGAUGUGCUGAGGCUUACAACAACAUGGGCGUCAUCUUCAAGGAGCAGGAGAAUCUCGACAAGGCGCUAAAGUACUACCACAUGGCCAUUCAGUGCAACCCGCGUUUCGCACAGACUUUGAACAAUCUAGGUGUGGCUUACACAACGUCGGGAAAGCUGACCGAGGCGCUUGAGUACCUGUCCAGAGCGGUGGCAGUGGCUCCCAACUAUGCUGAAGCCUACAACAACUUGGGCUGGCUAUUUUGGGACCACGGUGACCUAGCACAGGCUUUGCGCAUGUAUGAGCGCUGCAUCGAGCUGUCCCCGACGUCCAAGAACCCUUCACAGAAUCGUCACUCGGUCAGCAGUUGCACAUGA